AUGGAAAAGCAUGUCUUGCAACAACCAUCACCACUCUGUUUUUCACUCAAACAUCAUGUGAGAAUGUUCACCACAAAGCAUGUGAAUGUGUGUGGUGUCACUUUGCACAGACCCAACAAGAUGAAGGUGAAAGCCAAUAUUGAAUGGAAAGACAACAACAAUCAUAACAAGUUCAGUAGCAUGAACGUGCCUUUUAAGGUAAGGUCUAAGGUUGGGAAGCUUCUUAAGGGUGUGAUGCAGGACAACGUCAACCCUCGUGUGUUUCCUCUUGUUGCCAUUGAUGAGGUGAGGCUAUUGAGUGAUCAAAGAGAUUCUGCUGUUCAACAAAUGCUUCUCACUCAAUUCACUGAUGAUCCCUCGCUUUUCAGGAUUGCAGAGUUAAAAGAAGAGGAAUGUCGAAAAAGUAUAAAAGAUGUAAUGUAUCUUAUGAUUAUAUUCAAGCUUUCCGAUUAUGAAAUCUCUUUGGUUCCAAGGAUUUCUAAAUCCCAAUGUAAUGGAAAGCUGGAGCUAUUGCCUUAUAAGGAAUGGCAGCUACAGGCACUUCACAAUCCAGAGCUUUUGAGUGUGAUAAUGGAACAUAUAACUAUGAUAACUAAUUUGAGAAACGAAAGUUCCAAAUCUACGUUUCAACCAAUGAAAGUUAGUAAAAGUUGGUUUGCCAAAAUGUAUGUUGCUUCCAUAUUAUUUGGUUACUUCUUGAAGUCAGCUUCAUGUAAUGGAAUUAGUUUUUCGCGAUUUCUUGGACCGGAAGAUUUGCCUCUUGAUGACAAGAUUGACAAACAAUAUUUAUGGAGAGAUUCAAGUAAUGUAAUUGGAGAUAUAAAAGGUUAUGUUAAGGCCCAAAACGGCUUUUAUAGGCCUAGUUUAGCACUGAGUCAUUGCCAAUUGAGAUAUAAAGAAGGUUUGGAAUUGGUAAGGAGUCAUACUCAAGAACUUUUUGAGAGUGAUGAAAAUGGUUUGCUUGAGUUUAAAGUUAUGGAUGAUGAUAUGGAUAUUGAAACUUCAUUUCCUACUAUAAAGAGAUUAAAUUUGGAAGGUAUUGCUUUUGGAUCUAUUCUGUGGGAGGUGGAGAAUAUCAUUAGCAGAGAAUAUACACUUGAAGAUCAUGAAGCAAAGUGA